UCAGGAUUGUUAAAGAGUGAACGUAGUAUGGAAUUUAAUUCAAAAUGGAAUCAAAACUAAGUUUAAUAAUAUUUGGCCUGUUCCUUUUAGGAAUAGAUGUAACUGUCGGUGAUGUGAAAAGUAGCUUAACCUUUGUUAUUGAUGAUACUGGCUCAAUGGGCGAUGAUAUAGCACAAGUGAAAAUAGGUGCAAACGCAAUAUUUGAUACCGUGGUGCGUUCGAAUUCUUCGCAAAUUGAAGAUUUCUUGCUUGUGACUUUUAACGAUCCCGGUAAGUAUAACAAAUUGCGCGCCAAAACUAAGGACAGAAAUGUUUUUAAAAACGCUUUAAGUGGUAUAAGUGUGGAUGGAGGGGACGAUUGUCCCGAGAUGUCCAUGUCUGGAAUCAAAAUGGGCCUUCAGAACAGCCGAGAAGGAUCUUCAAUAUAUGUGUUUACUGACGCUUCGGCCAAAGAUUAUAACGAUUACGAUGAAGUUGAAGCCCUUAGCCAGAAAAUGGGAUGUCAGAUUGUGUUCGUGCUCACUGGAUACUGUUCAAAUAAGAAAGCUCCUCAAUAUUUGGUUUACAAGAAACUCGCCAAAGCUACCAACGGACAAGUGUUUCACUUAGAAAAAAGUGAAAUUGGAGAGAUUUUGAAAUAUGUGCAAAAAACUAUAGAGAGCCGAAAUAAUGUUCUGAAAAGCAAAGAUUUUCCUCCAGGCUAUGGAAAUACCUUUGACAUUCCCGUGGACGCGGACACAAAAGAGUUAGUGAUUGCCGUAUCGGGAAGGAACCCCGCGGUCAGUGUGACAGAUUCUGGGGGCACUAAGUGGCCUACUACAAAUAUCACCAGACUGAGAGAAAUCGCCGUGGUGAAAGUAGUUGGUGUGACACCUGAUGUGUACACAGUGGAAGUGGGCAGUGAGGAUGAGACGCAUGUAGUCGUGUCAGGAUCCACCACAGUGCACUUUCAGCAUGGAUUCUCCACUGUCAGCCCUUCAGACAUCAAGGAUACCGUAACGAGACCUGUGCCAGGUGUGAAAUCUCACCUCUCCAUAAAAUUAUCCACUGAUGGUGGAAACGUUGCACUACACAGCGUUCAGAUACUGGAUAUGAACGACAAUGUGAUCUCGACAAUACCAUUGAAGCUUGUCGAUAAAACCGAACAGUUUUACACCACCGAUCAGAUUAUGCCACCAGAUCAUAUGUUCAAAGUUGCGAUAAACGGAUAUGAUUUCAACAAUAAAGCCCUUAUAACGAGAAUCAGUUUAACACCGGUCAAACCGCAAGAAAUUAAGCCAGCCAAAGUAGAGACAAGAACUCCAGUGGUAGAGUGCAAGGAUAUCGUUAACGCUGCUUACGACAAACCCCUGCAAUUGAAGUGCAAAGUCAGUGGUUAUCCGAAGCCAGACGUGAUUUGGGAGUCUGAUGACAAAUCUGUCGUCCUGUCACAUUUCGAGUCCACCAUAGAACUGCCAUACGACUAUAUCAGCGUGUUGGAAAUAAGCAAUGUGACAAAAAACAGCACUUACACCUGCAAAGCUGUCAACAGUAUCGGCAGUGGCGAAGGCAGAACCACUGUUCAAACUAAGAUGAAGAGCUACUUUAAAGUCCUGGCUUUUCCUAAGGAUGUUACCAUCGAAUACCAGAAGUCGGUGAAAAUACCUUGCAAAGUAGAAGCUUACCCUCCAGCAAUCGCGACAUGGUACAAAGAUCGCAAACCCCUGAAACCAGAUGGAAACCUAGAACUGUCAGAAGACGGGUCCAUCCUCACUAUCACGUCUAUGGAACCUCGAUUGGCCGACAACUACAUUUGCGAGACGAGAAAUGCAAGGAAAAGGAAGAUUUAUCCAUUCAAAGUGCAGAUUAGUGGUGUUGAAGCGCCAGAAAUAAGCAAGGAAGUAACUAGAAUCAUGGCUUUGAAAGGUUCCGCGGUUGACAUUAGAUGCCAAGUAACUAAAGGCAAGCCAAAACCGAGGAUGCAUUGGUACUACAAAAGUGCUGCUGCUAGUGACUACCCCCCCAUGAAUGAGACUUCGGAUACCAUACAUUUGGAGAGCGUCGACGUUACCCACUCGGGCUCGUACAGAUGUAUAGCAAACAAUGUGAUGAAUUGGGACAACCAUGAGAUUGAUUUGAUUGUGGAAUAUAAGCCGUCAAUAUCAAGACCACGUCGGUCUAUUAUGACCACGGACCUAGGAGAGCCUGUAACCUUAACGUGCCCCGCCACCGGAGAACCGGCCCCAAGCAUAACGUGGAAGCUCAAUGGAGUGCCUAUACCGAGCACUGCAAGAUAUAGUAUAUUCGCUGAUGGGACUCUUAGGUUUUUAGCUGCUUCAUCUGAUGAGGGAGAAUACGAAUGCGAAGCGAGCAACACACGUGGAGUGGACAGUAUCAAAUACCAGCUCCAUAUUUAUGUUCUAGUCGAUAUCGAGUCACCCAAGAAUAGUUUCCUACAGCCGAUGGAAGGGUCACCGGUGACAUUGCCGUGCAGAGCCGACGGGUCUCCCAAGCCCAGCAUAACAUGGAUCCACCGCAGCAGAGACGCUAAAGUCGGGCCCAGCCGAUUGGAGCCAAGCGACGCUACAGGAAGGUUACAGUUUGACAGGAUACUAUUGAGACAGGGUGGUGAAUACACUUGCGUGGCUACCAACUCCAGAGGCUCAAAGAAUAUUACGUACGAAGUUGAAGUUUUAGCACCUCCUAAAAUUUACUACACGGCAAAAGAGUUCCAAGGGGUUGUAGGUGACAUGCAACUCCUGAUUCCAUGCAAUGCCACCGGAAAUCCAAAACCGGACAUAACCUGGAAGAUGGGACCGUACCAUAUUGCUUCAGGCUCCAAAUGGUUUGAUAUUAGUGCAGAAGGCAGUCUUAUUAUUAAGAAUGUUGACAAAGCGUCCAGCAGAUUGUACACAUGUAAAGCCUCCAAUGAUUAUGGACAAACACAAGAAGAUUUUGGUGUUGUUGUUGAUGAUUUUCCGGAACCGGGACUUCUUACCAAUGAAUUCAAGUUGAAAAAAGGAGAAUCGGCGACGAUCCCUUGUAGUGUUCCGCAUAAGAAAACUGACAGAAUAUUAUGGUUUAAGAACGGCGAACGUCUGCCAUCUUCUGAUCUAGAACUGCACGAUGUGACCGAAUACGACUCAGGAACGUACACAUGCCGGGUGAGCUCCGUAGACCGGCCAGCACAGAGCGGCUCGACCAGGGUUGAGGUCGGCUUCGAACCACGCUUCGAUUAUGCUGAUGACGAUAAAAACAUAGCCUUCAAGUACGGAGAACUUGCCAUGAUGGACUGUACUGCUACUGGAGUUCCGGAACCUAAGGUCAAAUGGUACCACGAUGACAAAGAAAUAAGCCUCAAAGAGUACAGAUACGACUUGGAAAUGUAUAACGACAACGACAAAGGACGCUACACUUGCGUUGUCAGCAACUCCUACGGAACAGUGAAGCAAGAGUUUGUCAUUUCGUCAUUCGAAUGCCUGCUGGAUGUAACACGCUUUAGCAAAAACGAUCCUUUAAUGUUAACGCUCUAUAACAAAGUGCCUAACUUUAAAACCAGUGGCAUCUACAUGCGUAUACCUAAGGACGAAAAGAUAAAAUUGGUGUGCCCUUCAUACUUCAAGACGAUGUCUUUAAGAGAAAUUAUCGUGACUUGCGAAAAGGAACAACAAUUUUUGCAUGACUUAUCUGGUCGACACUUCGCUUACUCAGACUUUAAGUGUAGAGAGAUGUGGCAGCCAAUCGCUAAAACAACAGGGCGACGGUGUGCAAAAGGAAAAGCUGAAAUAUUGAACGUUGGCUUUGAGACAAGAACAAAAUUCCAAACGGUUUACGAAGUUUGCCUCGACCAGGACUCAAAGAACCCCAUUUAUACUAAACUAGACAUGCAACCAUCGCUAGCUAAUUCUGUAUCUAAUAACGAUACUGUAUGGUUUAACUAUGGUUCUCCUGUAGACUUGGAUGGUCUAUACGAUUGUGCUAAUCAGAAUGCAGAGACCUCAGCAAUUUUGAAUAAGGAGUUCCACAGAGGCGACGGGUGUUGUUUUGCAAAGAGAAUGUUAGUGAAUCCUAUGGACGUUGCUCCAGGGUUACAGGGUGCCACGUACACCCAUCUGAAUGUGGCGCCACAUUGGGGCACUUGUGACUCCAAGAAUUGGGAAGAAGUGGAGCGUCGUGUCAGGAAUCUGGUGACCUCCGCGGACCGGACACUUCAAGUAUUCACCGGAACAGCUAAUGACCUGGAGCUGCCUGACGCGUACUCGAGGCAGAAGAAUGUGGUUCUCCACAGCAGGGGAAAGGAUGUACAGGUUCCGAGGUACUUGUGGAAGAUAGUCCAAGACCCGACCACUGAGACGUCUUUGGUCAUCAUUCAAGUGAAUGUGCCUGAUUUGAAGCUGGCGGAAGCGCGUAGCUACCAGCUGUGCAAUGAUGUUUGCAAAAAUGCCGAAUGGAUGCAGUACAGACACUGGCGCAACGUACACCACGGAUUCACGUACUGCUGCAGCCUAGCUGACUUCGAGCGUGCGUUCCGAUACCAAGGCGUGUUCCCUGACUUCAAGAAUUUGCUGCUGGAAGUGUCAGAUCUGCCCGAUGACCAUUAUUUACACGCUGCAUAGACGUUCCUUAUACUAUACUCUGUAUCUUUAGGUAUUUAAAUAAAAGUAAACAAAUAAUUUCUACAUUUUCGGGUAGUUAUAACAUUUAUUGGUUAACCAACCAAAUACAAAAGCGCCUGGAUCUGUCAUUGAACGACCUGACUUUAACCUACAUUAUUUGUUCACGUAAUGUUUUCAUCUACUCUCUACUGGCUUAAGGAGUCAUUUGAGGGUAGAUUUUGUUUACUUUUAUUUAAAUACUUAAAGAUACAGACUAUAGGUGUUGCUUUAAGACAUCUAAUGUGUGCUUUAAGACAUAUUUACUCGUAUGUUCUUGUGGUGUCAAAGACUUUUAUGGUGUUAUAUUCU